AUGCCGCCCGGGCUGGUCGCUGCCGCUCCCAUCGGCCGCCGGCUCUCGACCGCGGCCGCCACGCCGCUGUCCAGCCUCACCGACGCGCUCCUCGCCACCCGCCUCGCUAGCCACCUCCUCACCACGCCGCACCUACCCGCCACGCUGCUGCCCGCGGCGCCGCUGCCGCUCCCCGUCCACCUCCACAUCCUCCGCCACCCGGCGCUCCCACCGGCCUCCAAGCUCUCCUUCUUCCUCGCCGCCACGCCGCCCGCCUCCCCGCUACUCGCGUCCACCUUCCCCGUCCUCCUCCGCGCGCUCGCCGCCGGCUCCCCACCGCUCCUCGACGAGCUCCUCCCGUUCGCGCUCUCCUCCGCGUCCCCGUCCACCCUCCUCCCCGCCCUCCUCUCAUGUCUCCUCUCCGCUUCGCGCCUCGACGCCGCGCUCUCCCUCUUGGACGCCUCGCCGCCAGACCUCCUCCCCCGCCUCGCCGCAGCUGCUCUCCCUUCCCUCAUAGCCUCCCCGAACCUCAUCGCCGCCGUCCCCGCCAUCCGCAAGCUGCUUCCCAUCGCCUCCCACCCACCACCCGUCCGGGCAACGAACCGCCUCCUCCUGGCCUUAUCGAAGGAGAACCUCUGCGACGACUUCUGCUAUGUGUUCGAAGAAAUGUCGAGGAAGGGCCUCCCUUCGAAUGUAAGGUUAUACAACAUUUGCAUCCACGCGUUUGGCAAGUGGAGGCAGCUGGGUAUGUCGCUGAGGCUUUUCGCAGCAAUGAAGGCCGCCACUCCUCCUAUUGCGCCAGACAUAUGCACGUAUAAUUCAGUCAUCCGGGCGCUUGUGGUUGGUGGACGGGUACCGGAUGCUUUGGUGAUUUUUGAUGAAAUGAAAUCUUCUGGAAUUGAGCCAGAUGUCUUUACUUAUCGAGCAGUCAUGAAUGGGUGCUGCAAGAGUUUUCGGAUGGAUGAUGCACUGCGUGUGUUUCAGGAGAUGCGGGGCAGCAGUGGGGUGAAGAGUGAUGUGGUGGUGUACAAUUCACUUCUCGAUGGGAUGUUUAAAGCAAAGAAGCUUGACGAGGCAUGCGGUUUUUUUGAGACAAUGGUGGCUGAUGGAAUCCAAUGCUCAGCAAGCACACACAACAUUGUGAUAGAUGGGCUGUUUAAGAAUGGGAGGGCAGAAGCAGCAUGUCGGCUUUUUUACGAGCUAAGAAGGAAAGGGCAACUGUUGGAUGGAAUUGCUUAUAGUAUCAUGGUGAGGGAGUUCUGCAAGGAGGGGAUGGGGGACCAAGUUGCAGAGGCCGUAGAGUUGGUGAAGGAGAUGGAGCAGCAAGGCUUCAGCGUUGAUUUGGUUACAAUAACAUCAUUGCUAAUAGGUUUUAACAAGAGUAAACGUUGGGACUUGGAAGAGCAAAUAGUAAAGUUUAUAAGGGAUGGCGCUGUAUUGCCGGAUGCCAUUCGGUGGAAAUCAAACAUGAUGGUUGCCUUGAGAGGACCUCACGGUAGAGAGAAAGAUGGGACACCACUGUUUUCCUUCGAUGGUAAUAUGGAUGAUGUGAUGAGUUUGAUUAACCAUGUGGGACAUACAGGUACUGAUGAAGAAACUCCAAAUAGUGAUCCCAAGGAUGAUUGGUCACUGUCACCACACUUGGACCAUCUUGCUAAACAUGCUGACAGUUUGAACAGCUCUGCUGUAUUUACAAUGCACAGAGGGCAGAGGGUGCAAGGUAUGGGUGCCAAGACUUUUGAUGCUGACAUGGUCAAUACAUACUUGUCAAUUUUUUUAGCCAAAGGGAAGUUGAGUGUUGCUUGCAAGUUAUUUGAGAUCUUUACGAAUCUAGGAAACAAAGGGACAAGUUAUACAUACAAUUCACUGAUGACCUCCUUUGUCAAGAAGGGCUAUUUGAAACAGGUAUGGGCAAUUCUUCAUGAAAAGGGUGGACAGCUCUGCCCUAAUGAUGUAGCAACAUAUAAUCUAAUCAUUCAAGGUCUUGGCCAGAUGGGGAAAGCAGAGGUUGCUAGCACAAUUAUUGAUCGGUUGUCAAAGAAAGGUCUUUACAUGGACAUUGUCAUGUAUAACACUUUGAUCAAUCAGUUGGGAAAGGUCGGAAAGGUUGAAGAAGCAGGCUGCUUGUUUGAGCAGAUCAUCAGAAGUGGCAUGAAGCCAGAUGUUGUUACUUUUAAUACAUUGAUCAAUAUUAAUGCAAAAGCUGGUAGACUAAAGGAAGCUGACAAAUAUUUGAGGAGGAUGAUCACAGAAGGCAUUGCGCCAAACUAUGCCACAGAAACAAUAUUGAUUUUCCUUGAUAAGGAGAUUGAAAAGAGAAGGCAGCAGCACAAAUGA